GCGCGCCCCGGGCGAAGUUCUGGGGGCGGAGGCCGCCCGGCGCGGGAGUCACCCCAACUUUCACCGACCCGAAAAAUACUUCCCGGCUGGGGGGAGGGGGCCGCGAGCAGGAGUGGCUUUUGUCCCUCAUCCUUGUUUACUCGGAGAAACUUCAGACCGGACGUGUGUAGUCAGAACAGAAAUACAUCUCAGGGCCAACCCGGUCGGAAGCUGCCUCGCGGCGGCACCGCCACCCCCCAGCCUGGUUCUGAGCGCCGGAGGUGGCUCCUGUUCUCUUCUGGCACCAAAGUUUUAUGCAAACAGGAAAAAUAACUAAACAUGGGCAAAGGAGAUCCUAAGAAGCCGAGAGGCAAAAUGUCAUCAUAUGCAUUCUUUGUGCAAACUUGUCGGGAGGAGCACAAGAAGAAGCACCCAGAUGCUUCAGUCAACUUCUCAGAGUUUUCUAAGAAGUGCUCAGAGAGGUGGAAGACCAUGUCUGCUAAAGAGAAAGGAAAAUUUGAAGAUAUGGCAAAGGCGGACAAGGCCCGUUACGAAAGAGAAAUGAAAACCUAUAUCCCUCCUAAAGGGGAAACAAAAAAGAAGUUCAAGGAUCCCAAUGCACCCAAGAGGCCUCCUUCGGCCUUUUUCUUGUUCUGUUCUGAGUAUCGCCCAAAAAUCAAAGGAGAACAUCCUGGCCUAUCCAUUGGUGAUGUUGCAAAGAAGCUGGGGGAGAUGUGGAAUAACACUGCUGCGGAUGACAAGCAGCCUUAUGAAAAGAAGGCUGCAAAGCUGAAGGAAAAAUACGAAAAGGAUAUUGCUGCAUACCGAGCUAAAGGAAAGCCUGAUGCAGCGAAAAAGGGAGUCGUCAAGGCUGAAAAAAGCAAGAAAAAGAAGGAAGAGGAGGAAGAUGAGGAAGACGAAGAGGAUGAAGAGGAGGAGGAAGAUGAAGAAGAUGAAGAUGAAGAAGAAGAUGAUGAUGAUGAAUAAGUUGGUUCUAGCGCAGUUUUUUUUUUCUUGUCUAUAAAGCAUUUAACCCCCCUGUACACAACUCACUCCUUUUAAAGAAAAAAAUUGAAAUGUAAGGCUGUGUAAGAUUUGUUUUUAAACUGUACAGUGUCUUUUUUUGUAUAGUUAACACACUACCGAAUGUGUCUUUAGAUAGCCCUGUCCUGGUGGUAUUUUCAAUAGCCACUAACCUUGCCUGGUACAGUAUGGGGGUUGUAAAUUGGCAUGGAAAUUUAAAGCAGGUUCUUGUUGGUGCACAGCACAAAUUAGUUAUAUAUGGGGAUGGUAGUUUUUUCAUCUUCAGUUGUCUCUGAUGCAGCUUAUACGAAAUAAUUGUUGUUCUGUUAACUGAAUACCACUCUGUAAUUGCAAAAAAAAAGUUGCAGCUGUUUUGUUGACAUUCUGAAUGCUUCUAAGUAAAUACAAUUUUUUUUAUUAGUUCUGUUGUCCUUUUCAUAGGUCUGAAAUUUUUCUUCUUGAGGGGAAGCUAGUCUUUUGCUUUUUGCCCAUUAUGGAUCACAUGAAUUAUUACAUUGUUUAUCUUUUCAUAUAAUUAGCUGAUAAAAAGCUUUUUGUCUACGCACCCUGCAUAUCAUGAUGGGGGUAAUAAAAGUUAAAUUGAGAUAGUUUUCAUCUAUAACUGAAACUCCAACAAAGUUGAUGACAAAUUUCACAUAGCCCAUUUAUAUUUUACAAAGUGAAGAGUAAGCAAUCUACUCACAGCAUGGGAUUAUUAGAAUCAAACGUUUUGAAAGUCUGUCCUUGAAGGACUAAUAGAAAAGUAUGUUCUAAUCUUUACAUGAGGACUCUAUUCUUUAACUCCCAUUACCAUGUAAUGGCAGUUAUAUUUUGCAGUUCCCACAUUAAAGAAGACCUGAGAAUGUAGCCCCAAAAGCGUGAGCUUAAAAUACAAGACUGCCAUAUUGCAUUUUUUGUUGAUGUUAGUCCCGGCAAAGACUUAAGAAAGUGCUGGCUGUAAAUGUCUUUUUCCCAUUUACCUAAAUAUGAACUGCUCAGGAAACUUCAGAUUCUCCAUUUAGAGUAUCUUUAAUUAAUUGGGCCACCCUUUAAAAUAAUGCCACAUUUAAAAUCGGUUAUAUUUUCAUGUAUUGUGGUUUGCCCCUUUUUAAAUCAAAUUGAUAGGAAAAAAGACACUUCACAUCUUAAUACGAGUUACUCAAUUUAUUUGAAUUUGAUUUUUCCUUACAAAACCCACACUCAUUCAUUAGUCAUGUUUAUCUGCUUAGCAGUUUAGGGAACAAUUUGGCAAUUUUGUGGUUUUUGAGAUUAUCGUUCUCUUAAAGUGCCAGUAUUUUAAAAUAGCGUUCUUGUAAUUUUACACGCUUUUGUGAUGGAGUGCUGUUUUGUUAUAUAAUUUUGACUUGGAUUCUUUCCAUUUGCAUUUGUUUAUGUAAUUUCAGGAGGAAUACUGAACAUCUGAGUCCUGGAUUAUACUAAUAAACUAAUAAUUGCAGAGGUUUUAAA